GCUCAACGCUUUGAGUGGCGCCAGAGCGUUGAGCGGCGCCUUAGCAAGUUAAGUAUCGGGCCUCCGCGUCGUUACCUGGAUUGCAGUUCGCCAUGAUCGUUCCCUCCCUGGAGGAGCUGAACUCCUUCAAGUACAGUGACCUGCAGAACUUGGCCAAGAACCUGGGCCUCCGGGCUAACCUGAGGGCAGACAAGCUGUUAAGGGCCUUAAAAGCUCACCUUAAAAAUGAAGCAAGAAAAGAAAAUGAAAAUCAGGAUGAAAUUCAAACUUAUGCAUCCUCUUGUGAUGAGACUGAGCUACAGACCAGCAGCCAGGAACAAGCUGAGAGGGAGCCGGAUGACCAUGUCACCAAAACCAGAGGAAGGCGUAAGACUGUCCACAGGAGCCCUGACUCGCAGGCAAAUGGAAAUGUACAAACUGAAAAGAAGCUAACACCUGUGCCCAAUCUGCAGAAUCAUUCAGAGAUAAAAAUAUGUGGCCCUGCUGAAUCCCAGAAUCAAGAAAAGCAUGAAAACCAGGUUCUCAGAACUGCUGUAGAAGUUCCUUCUCUACCAAAUGAGAGUCAAGGAGAUGAGAAUGCGGUGUCCUCAGGAAAACAUGGAACAGAUGGUAAUAAAGAUCCACGGGUAUCUUCAAAAAGAAAGAAGUCUCUCUACACAGAUGGGUUUUCCAAACCUGGAAAAAAUAAAACCACAAGCACUACUCCAAACUUUAAGAAGCUUCACGAGGCUCGUUUUAAGGAAAUGGAGUCCAUUGAUCAAUAUGUUGAGAGAAAAAAGAAACAUUUUGAAGAACACAAUUCAUUUAAUGAAUUGAAGAGGCAGCCCAUCACUAAGGGAGUGCCGGCAACUCCAGUUCCUGCCCGAGGAAGACUCUCCGUGGCUUGUACCCCUGGCAGCCAGCAGCGCUCUCAAGGCCGGCCCCACGCAGGCCGGAGCACCUUGUGUGUGAAGGGGUCAACCAAGCACUCUGCUCUGUCGGCAGCUAAGAUGAAUGUCAGGUUUUCAGCUGCUACUAAAGAUAAUGAGCAUAAGCGUUCACUGACCAAGACUCCAGCCAGAAAGUCUCCACAUGUGACCAUGUCUGGGAAUACCCCAAAAGGCCAGGCUGUGCUCGGGACACACAAGUUAAAGACCACAAGGGGUGAAUCUGUUGCUGUUAUUACCCCGUUCAAGUUGACAGCUGAGGCAGCGCAGACUCCAACCUCCCAUAAAAAACCAGUGUUUGAUCUCAAAGCAAGUUUGUCUCGUCCUCUCAACUAUGAGCCACACAAAGGAAAACUGAAACCAUGGGGACAGUCUAAAGAAAACAAUUCUCUACAUGAGCAUGUCAACAGAGUUAGCUUCCACAAGAAAACUUAUAAACAACCUCGUCUCCAGACCAGGGAGGAACAACGAAAGAAACAUGAGCAGGAGCGAAAGGAGAAGAAAGAAAAGGUCCUGGGAGUUCGAAGGGGCCUCAUUAUAGCUGAACGUUCAUAAUUUAGCAUCCUGUAAAUAUUUUUUUUCUCCGAACCUUUUGUAAAUAUUUUUAUACUGUCCUCUUAGUCAAAAGACCUUUUUCUGCUCUUAACUUUGUUCAUAUACAUAUAUGUAGUGCCUGUGGCUUCUUCACAUGCUAUUUCCCUGAAAAGACAUUACCUUUAAAACUCACAAACUCUUCUGAAAUACUUUUUACCUAAGCCCCUACACAACUAGCUCAGUUUUCUACAAAAGACCCAUCAUAGAUUCUUGACCUAGAUUUUUAAAGUCAAGUGCCCUCUGCUGGCUCUAGUAACAGAACUUCCGUCCUCUUCUAGGCAAAAGCAUUUUCCUGAUGGUAGACAAUUAUAACACAUACUUUAGUAGAAACUGAACAAGUUAUGGAUAGGGUAAGCUGUGAAAGGCCACCUCUUCAUCCUCUAGAGAAUCUAGUAAUCUUACUGAAACUGUAGGCCAUUUGGGUUGGUAAGACAUCAGUAUUUAACCUAUGUGAAAUGUUUCAUUUAAGCUUUUGUGUACUUCAUGUAAUUGUCAAUUACAUAUCUCUGUAUUCUUAAAAACAAAACUAUAGCUCAUUCUAGCCUGGCUUAUUUAGAAAUACACAGGACCAUAUUGAAAGUUGGGGAUUGCAGCUUUAAGGAUUAUUGUGCUCUGUCAAACUGAUAUCUUACUUGAUUUAUGCAAAAGACUAGAGUUGCUUAGUAUCAUAUUCAUGAUUGUUGCACCUGAGUGGAGUGUGUGCGUUUUGUACGGCUUGAGAUUUUCAUGAAUAAAAUUUUUUCUCACGGUG